AUGGUGGCCGGCCACCUGGCCAACUCUGGCUGGCUCACCCUCGCUGGCACGGCCCUGAGCGGCCUGGGCUCCACGCUCAGCGGGCUCAGCACGCUGUAUGGCCUCUCCGCGCAGAUGCCCCAGUCUCUCGCCGAUCUGGCCGUCGGGGGCGCGGCCGCCCUGGGUGCCAAAGCACACCUCGGCGUGCUGGUGAGUGCCAAAGCCUUCAGCCUCAGCACUGUGAGCGUGGGCGCUGGCUGCGUCUACGCCUCGCUGGGCAUAGUCCACUUUCUCCGGACGCUGGCGCAGCUUAGCGGGGCGCGGCCGCCUCUGCAUGCACCCGCCCUGGAGAACGAGGCAGAUUCGUCCUUUCCCUUGCCUCGGUGGCUCAGCUGGCGCGUGCUGAACUGGGCGGUGAUUGGCCCCUGCGGAUCCGGGAAGUCCACGCUGAUCAAUUCACUGCGCGGGCUCAAGCCGCGAAGUCCCGGAGCCGCCCCGGUGGGGAACACGGCCAAGCCCAGCGAGCCGAAGGCGUACAUGUUCCAGGGGGACCUGGCACGCUUCACGCGCAUGGCGAGGCUCUGGGACCUGCCAGGCGCCGGGACCAAGCAGUGGCCCUGCGCCACCUACGUGCGGGACGCGGGUCUCCGCCACUUCGACGGGGUCCUCAUCGUCACCUCGGGCCCGAUCUCCGAGUUCGAGGAGAACCUCAUCAAAGAGCUCAAGGAGUUCGAUGUCCCCUGCUACCUAGUGCGCAACAAGGUAGACCAGGACGUGAUGAACAACGCGCAGGACAACGAGAUGUCGACGGAGGAGACGCUGAGAGCUUUGCGACGCGAGCUGGCGCCCAAUUCUGCGCCAGCGCGCGCCUUCCUCGUGUCUGCCAAGCACCCCGACUGCGCCAAGUUUGACUUCCAGAGCCUUCUCCGUGCCAUGGCAGACGACGUGGCGGCACAGCGGGCCGAGGCGCCGGAGCUGCCAGAUCAGCUGGAAGGGCUUCCGGCGCGCGACCUCCUGUGCUUGGAGGGCCUUGGGUGUGACAUGGGCCAGGCAGCCGAGCCGGCCGCCCCGCCAUCCUCCGCCGCCCCCACGCGCGACCCGGGGGCUGAGAGCCCGGAGCCGGCGAACACGUUUUUGUGGGCCGGCCGGGCCUGA